AUGCCUUUCUGGUCGACGAUCGUGCCGCCACCAAAGUUCUCUCUCGCCAACAUGAGCAGGCUCCACCAGCACCUCCACGACACGGUUGUGGUCACCGAGCGCAACCGCGCUGCGGUCGUCGACAACCUGCGCACGAUCGCGGAGCUUGUGCUGUGGGGUGACCAGAACGACCCGGUGCUCUUCGACUUCUUUCUCGAGAAGAACAUGCUCGGCAUCUUCUGGCGGCUUCUCGAGCAGCGCGAGACGCCCGUCUCUGUCAAGGUGCAGAUGCUGCAGACGCUGUCGAUUCUCAUCUCAAACAUUGAGGCGGGGCCCUCCAUCUACUACAUCCUCUCCAACGACCACAUCAACGAGCUGAUCCGCCACCCGUUCGACUUUUCCCACGAGGAGCUGCUCGCCCACUACAUCUCCCUCCUCAAGGCCAUCGCUCUGCGGCUCGACGAGCACACCGUCCAGUGCCGCCACCUCCAGCGCCUGCGGCGACGGGGCGGGAUCGAGCGGAUGGUGAGGACGGCGGUGCGGACGAUCGUGCUCUCGGUCUGCAAGGUGGCAGAGGCGGCGGUGCAGGAGUACGUGUGUGGGAGCGGCACGCUGCCGCAGGUGCUCGUGGCGGCGCUGCUCGCCGAGCACGAGCGUGCGAGCGCCUCGGUCGAGGCGGUGGAGGAGAGCCUGGGCAGGCUGCUCGACGAGGCGCGCCCCGCCGUCCUCUCGCACGCGCCGCUGCUCGACGCGCUCGCCACCCUCUUCCUCCACCCCGCGCUCCGCCUCGACGCCGUCUCCACGCCGCGAAAUGCCCCGUGGCAG